AUGAGUACCGCAGCAUCCGUAGUGGCGGCUGCUCAUGAAUAUGCGACCUCCAAUCCCCCUAAACUACGAGAAUGCUUUCACAGACUGAAGGCGUUGAAUGUCAACAUGGACGCCGACGAGUUCAAAGCGCUGGCCCCGGCUAUGGACGCAGUUUGGGAUGCAGCAUGGUCCUGGCGCCGCGGCAUGAAGGAUCUGAAGGAUCUGAACUCAGUCGGAACCGUCGCUGUACAGUUCGUUGAUCUUUGCUCCACCGUUGAGUCUUUCCGGCCGUGGGAUAGUAGCCAUCUUCCGCAUCUGCUGCUCUACUGCGCUGUCAAGCUCAGGAAUCAUAGGCCUGUAGACCCAUUCAUCGAGGUACUCUGUCGGCUCAUGCACGACUCGCCUGGGCCAGCUUUUGUGGGCACAUCUAGCUGGGGCACUCUAUUGAACGAAGUUCAAGAGGAACUCGGGACGAAGGCUCUCUCGUCUGUCUUCCUCCGGAUACUCAAUAGGACUACUACCCAUUUCAGUGUGUUGCAAGCUGCCAUGGAGCUCGGGUUCCCUAUGUUCCUUCGCGAGGAAUGGUCUUCUAGGAACGUCGUUCCUGUCGACGAUGUGCUCGACUCGCUCUAUAGCGCGGCUCAUCGGACGGUGGAGAAUACACAAUUAUCCACCAGGAAGAAGGCCGGGAUUUUGUGCACGUUUUAUUACUUCGAAUGGGAUAUUUUCAAGUGUGGACAUACGGAGUAUUUGAGAUGUCUAUUAAGCGGCCGCUAUGAUGUCUUUGGGAUCUUGUCUGCUGGUCUAUUGCUUUGUCGCAACGUCAACUGGGAUAAGGGAGACAACCCUGAGUUCGUGUACGGAACCUUGGAACGUCUGCUGUUGGCCAUAGAAGGAAUCUUCGACUCUUGCGCACACCAUGGGGUUUCCGCUGAUGAAAUAAAGAUGUAUGAAGACUUCGCCAACUUCAAGUCUACAACGAAGGAACUUGCGCGCAAGAAAAUGCCCGCGUUGCUGGCCGCGGUGACCACACCUCCUACCUCUCCGAUACAACACCCGGCAACCCCCGAAGCCAUGUAUGCGUGGAACAUGCUCCGCGAAUCGCUGAUAUGCUUUUCCAUCAAUCUGAGAGUUCACCCGUACUGCGCCAACCUUGCUUGCGAGUACCGCGGCCGUCCGUUGCCGGAAGACUCUGGGGCUAAUUUUAAGCAAUGCGGGGGUUGCAUGAACGCCAGGUACUGUUCGAAAUUCUGCCAGAAAAUCGAUCGCUGGACUCACAAGCGGGCAUGCGGCAAGCAUUUGAAAGCAGAAUCCUGUUGCAAUCGAUGA